AUGUCGAACCAAUGGAAUCUCAGUGACAGGCAGAAGCGCAUUUGCCUUUUCCCCAUGCCAAGGAUACCCCGCCUGGGUCCCAAGGCCCGUGACGCCGCUAUCUACAUCUCUGGCGCUCUCUUCGCGCUAGGAUGGUGGUUCUUUAUCGAUGCAGUAAUCAGGUCCAAGAACUGGGACUAUGACGACGGACCCAAACAUGUCUCAGUCUCCUUUGUCGACUGGGUGCCGGGUAUCUGCAGCACCAUCGGCAUGAUUGUGUACGGAGCAUUGCGCGGAGACUCGUUCUCGUUCUCGAGCAGCGGCGGUGGCACCAGUGUCGCCUGGAAAGCUCGCGUCUUUUUGUUUGUUGGCUUCGCGUUCAUGGCUGGAGGACUUGCUGGAUCUGUCUCGGUGAUGUGCAUCAAGUACCUCUUACCCAGCUAUGGCCAGAUCUUCAACUCUUGGGGAAUCAGUAACGUCAUCCAGAACGGCUCCCUCAUGGCCAGCGCCGCGAUUUUGUGGGUGGCCCAGAACACAGAGUCGGAAUACCAAUACAACUUUGCUAUUUAA